AUGUCCCAAGCACCGGACAAGAAAAACUCAUUAUGGAACAAAACGAAAGUCAUAGGCAAGAAAAACUUCGACAAAGCCUGGGAUGCACUCGACAAACUCGGGCCACCCGUUAACCGACUGACUAAUAAACUCGGAUCAGAGGCCUUCUGGCCUAUGACAAUAGACAAAGAAAGUGAGAAGGUGGCCCGAAUUCUCCAGAGCUUCUGUAAAGAUGGCGUCUAUGUCGAAGAAUCCAAAGAAAGUACACCUGUACCCGAAACGAAAGGAGGAAAACAACCGAUCGAUAAGCCGCGCGGAAAGCCGAAAGUGUUGCAGAAGAUUCCGUCCGAAGUUAUCAAACAGGCGAAGGGACUGGCUAUCUUUACGGCGAUGAGAACGGGGCUAUGGUUCAGUGGUGCGGGCGGUAGUGGUGUUCUCAUUGCCAGAGUGCCUGAAACUGGCGAAUGGAGUGCGCCAUCGGGUAUCCUGCUGCAUACGGCUGGUUUGGGAUUUCUUGUCGGUGCAGAUAUCUACGAUUGUGUGAUGGUGAUUAAUACGUAUGAGGCAUUGGAGGCGUUCACGAAGGUCCGCGUUACUCUCGGAGGCGAGAUCGGUGUCACUGCUGGACCGGUGGGAGUUGGUGGUGUGUUAGAGUCGGAAGUUCAUAAACGGAGAGCCCCGAUCUGGACCUAUGUUAAGAGCCGAGGAUUUUAUGCGGGUGUGCAGAUUGAUGGAACAGUCGUCAUCGAGCGGAUCGAUGAGAAUGAACGAUUCUACGGCCGAAAGAUUUCCGCAAAGGAGAUCCUGAGUGGCCAGGCCCGGACCGACGAUCCCUCGGUGAAAAUGCUUACGCACACGGUUCGAGCGGCGCAAGGUGAUGUACAGUUCGAGCAGACACCCGCGGGAGUUAACAUGGCGACGGGGCCGAGUCCCAGCGAUCUCCAAUAUGAAGAUCUGGCGAGCACUCAGAUGGCUCAAGUCCAACCGCCCCCGAAUCAUGGGCCGCAAUACAAUAUUGGCCCACAAGACACCAGUGGCGCACAGUACAAUUCUCAACCACCAUACAAUGUUGAAUCACAGCACAACGCUGGAGCACCGUACAAUGCGGGACCAUAUAAUGCUGGACCACCGCACAACCCCGGGCCACAGCCCAAUGUCUUCCCCGAUGAUCCAAGCGCUAUCGUGACGUGUCCGAUAUGCGAACAAUCUGUAUCAUCUCUGAAAAUCAAUGAACAUAUUGAUUCCAAUUCGCUGGACCAUAUAACGCUGGACCACCAUACAACCCCGGGCCACAGUCCAAUGCUGGGCCGUACAAUACUGGACCAUAACACAAUCCUGGUUCACAGAAUAACGCUGGCCCAUACAAUACUGGACCACAAGAGAAUCCUGGGCCGCACAAUGUUGGACCACAGCAAAAUGCUGGGCCACAGUCCAAUGCCGGACAGUCUGGGCCUCCUAGAUACUGUUCGUAAGGUUAAGGAAGUUACGUGUACUCGAGAUCAUUUUCUCUCCUGA